AUGUCCGACGUGCAAGUUCACCCAAAAUCCCUACCUGAUUGGAACAACAUCAAAGUCAUCCACCGCAACACCCUCCCUCCUCGAAGCAGCUUUUACCUCUACAACACCGAGACCGAUGCCUUGACUCGCGAUGUCACCAAGGCAAAGGCCCUUUGUCUCUCCGGAACCUGGAAGUUCAACCUCUCUAAGUCUCCAUUUGAAGGCCCAGACAAGUUCCACGACCGUAAUUUUGAUGCCUCCGAGUUCAGCGACAUCCAAGUCCCUGGGAUGUGGCAGCCUCAAGGCUAUGGAAAGGGCCCUCACUAUACCAAUGUCGAUUACCCAUUCCCGGUAGAUCCGCCUAACGUGCCAUUUGCAGACAACGAAUGUGGACGGUACAUCACUACCUUCACGCUCGAUGACAGCUUCAAAGAUCACCAGCUGCGUCUGCGCUUCGAGGGCGUGGACUCCUCAUUCUCCCUGUGGAUCAAUGGCACCUACGUCGGCUAUUCCCAAGGCUCUAGGAACCCGAGCGAGUUUGACGUAACGGAGUUGGUCGAUAUUGACGGAAAAAAUGUACUCGCAGUGGAGGUCUACCAGUGGUGCGAUGGGAGCUACCUCGAGGACCAGGAUCAGUGGUGGCUCAGCGGCAUCUUCAGGGAUGUUUACUUGCAUGCCUUUCCUAAGAUCCAUCUCAAUGACUUCCAGGUCGCUACUGAACUCGAUGAUAAGUUUGAAGAUGCUACCCUAAGAGUUCACGUCGAGUUGAGUGGCUCUUCGGCUGUUGAGCUCAAGCUGCUUGAUCACGAAGGUGGAGGGGUUCUGCGAGAUACGAAGAACAUUUCGGGCAAAGACACCUUCGAGCUGCAAGUCAAAGGUCCAAAGAAAUGGACUGCAGAGACCCCGUACCUCUACACACUCGUCCUCAACAUAGACGAAAAGAGCAGCGUGGCUCAUCGCAUUGGUUUUCGCACCGCGGGACUGAUUAAGGGGGUCUUCUGCGUCAACGGCCAACCCAUCAAGAUCCGAGGCGCAAACCGACAUGAACAUCACCCUGACCAUGGAAGAGCCGUACCGUACGAAUUCAUGAAGCAAGACCUCUUGAUCAUGAAGCGACACAAUCUCAACGCGAUCAGAACCUGUCAUCAGCCCAGCGACCCACGACUCUACGACCUGGCUGACGAACUCGGCUUCUGGGUUCUCGACGAAGCAGAUCUAGAAUGCCACGGCUUUUGGUCAACAGGCGGCGAUCCCGCGUCCUUCACUUCAGACAACCCAGUUUGGGAAGAUCAGUACGUGGAUCGCGCCAGACAGAUGGUCGCCCGCGACAAGAACCAUGCCUGCGUCUUCAUGUGGUCUCUCGGGAACGAAGCCUUUUACGGGCGGAACCACAAAGCCAUGUACAAGUGUAUCAAGGAGAUGGAUUCUACGCGAUUGGUGCACUACGAGCAGGAUUACGAGGCUGAGACGGUUGACAUCUAUAGUCGCAUGUAUUCCAGUGUUGAUGAGAUUGUGGAGAAGUUUGCGGAAGCAGAGGAGUGGACGAAGCCUCUCGUUCUGUGCGAGUUCAUCCACGCAAUGGGAAAUGGGCCGGGAAAUAUCAAGGAGUAUAUCGAGGCGUUUUACAAGUACCCGCGAUUGAUGGGAGGAUGGGUGUGGGAGUGGGCGAACCACGGACUACGUACCAAGACAAAGGACGGGGAGGAGUACAUGGCAUAUGGAGGCGACUUUGGCGACGAACCGAACGAUUACAACUUCAUCAUGGAUGGCGUGUUGUUCUCGAAUCACACGCCCACGCCUGGCCUGAUUGAGUAUGCCAAGGCUGUUGAGCCGGUUCAAACGCUUUCGCUAGACGGCAACAAGGUGACGAUUAUCAAUCGCUACGACUAUAUCGGGCUGGAGCAUCUCAAAGCUACUUGGAAGAUUGUUGCUGACGGCAAAACGGUACCUGGCAAAGAGAUCGAGAUACCUAGCGGCAUCGAGCCUCACACACAGGCAACCCUAACUUUAGAUGGUUAUGAUGAGUCUCUUCUAAGUAACAUCACAGGUGAAGCCUAUCUUCAUCUAAGCUUCGUCAUAAGGGAGGACACAAACUGGGCAUCAGUCGGCCACCAGGUUGCCUUUGGCCAACUUCAGACCUCCAAACCUGAGUCCAUCGCUGCACUGCGAUCCUUGGGCUCCGGAACACCAACUGUGGAACAAGUAUCCCCGUCUCUACUCGUCGUUCGGUCAUCGACUAGAGACUCGACAUGGGACAUCAAUCUCGCUGCGGGCGCUCUCACAAGCUGGACGCGUUCUGGCGUUGAACUCCUCACGACUCCCAUCACGAUGGACUUUUACCGUGCCCUCACUGACAACGAUCGCGGCGGCCACGGAAAAGAAUGGCAAGAGCGUCGCCUACACCAAACGUCUCACCACGUGCGACAAGUUCAAUGGCACACCGACUCAAACACAGUCCAAGUCCAAGUCACCGGCCGUAUCGCGCCGCCCGUCCUAGCCUGGGCCGUCGACGUCGUCACCACGUACGACUUCCACGGUGACACUCUCCGCAUUCAUGUGCAUGGUAAACCGCACGGAUUGCGGUUGCCCGAGACGUUUGCGCGGAUCGGCAUCACGGUUGGGUUGGACGGUGUAUCUGACGUGAAGUGGUGGGGACGAGGACCGGGGGAGUCGUAUGUGGACAAGAAGCUUUCGCAAGGCUUUGGGAAUUGGAGUGAGAGUGUGGAUGAUCUGUGGGUGGACUACGAGUUUCCUCAGGAUGGAGGUAAUCGGACGGAUGUACGGUGGGUAGAGUUUGUGGGGAGUCAAGGACGUGUGUUGAGGGCCAGGUUUGGGGAUCUUGAAGGUGCAAGUUUCUCGGCGAUGCAUUAUCCCACGAGGGACGUGGAUGAGAGCACGCAUCCGUAUGAGCUCCGGAAGAAGAAGAAGAGGGAGGAUACGAUCGUGAGGUUGGAUUGGAAGCAUCACGGACUGGGAACUGCGUCUUGUGGGCCGGCCACUCUGCCGGAGUAUCAGUUACGGACUGACAAGGAGUUUGACUUUGAGAUACUCCUGGACUAG